AAGACGCUUUGAAGGUACUUGUCAAGAUAACCCAAGCUCAAGAAUUCCCUUCCAUCUUCAAAGGGCUUGAUUCGUCCAAGAACGAAGCGAUUCCAGUGUCGUUAGCGCGUCUGUCUCCAUUUAUAGAUGCGGACGGAAUCAUUCGUGUAGKAGGUCGUCUUCGGCAUGCUAAUAUCCACGAGAAUCGUAAAUACCCUAUCUUGUUACCAAAAUMUUGUGUCCUUACAACCUUACUCGUUCGCCAUUUCCACAUCAAUUAUCUUCACGCAGGACCACAAUUAGUUGCCUCGCUCUUAGCCGCACGUUUCUGGGUUAUAUCUAGCCGUUCGGUCAUACGACUUAUAACGUUUAAGUGCGUAACAUGUGCAACACAUAGAGCUACCAUUCCGUCGCCGAUUAUGGGAGACCUUCCAAAAUCAAGGACUCAGUCAGUACGACCAUUCAGCAAUGUAGGCAUAGAUUACGCUGGCCCUCUUAUUAUAAAGCAAGGAAAACGUCGAAACGCUCAAGGGACUAAGUGUUACUUAGCAAUUUUCGUGUGUAUGGCAGUCAAGGCUGUUCAUAUAGAARUUGUGUCCGACUUAUCAACCCCCGCGUUUGUUGCCGCGUUACAUCGCUUCACGUCUCGGCGAGGUGUUCCAGUUAAUAUCUAUUCCGAUUGCGGAACCAAUUUUCAAGGUGCGGACAAUAUCCUACGUUCUCAAYUACAAGAUCCAGCUGCUCGCRAUCUCUUCUCAAAUGUCAUACCAUGUCAAUGGCAUUUCAACCCUCCAGCUGCCCCUCACUUUGGGGGAUUGUGGGAGGCAGCCGUGAAAUCAGCCAAAUUUCACUUAAAGCGAGUCAUUGGUAGUCAAAUACUCACAUUCGAAGAAAUGACUACAUUGGCACAUCGAAUUGAAGCGGUACUCAACUCCAGGCCGAUCACCCCAUUUUCUACGGAUCCAAACGACUUGCGUGCCCUCACUCCUGGCGACUUUCUUAUCGGUUGUCCUAUAGUUGCGCUACCGGAGCCAGAUUUAACCCAAACGCCGAUWAACCGCCUAACGCGAUGGCAGUUAUURAGUCAGCUUCAACAGUCAUUUUGGAACCGCUGGUCCGGGGAAUAUUUGGCUACAUUACAGGGAAGGUCAAAAUGGUACCGCAAGCAA